AUGAAGAAGCGAGACAAGGCGGAGCGGAAGCUUGAUGAGGCGAAGGGGGAGUUUGAUGAAGCGAAGGAGCAACUAAAGGAGUUCGAGGGAGAUGAAGACAGCGGGCAGUUGCUGAAGGCGUUGCUAAAGCGCUUUCGUAGAGAUCAAUCCGCUGAAGUCUGCGAAUUACUUUCUGCCAAGUUGCCUUCUGUUCCGAACAUUACGACUCUACAAAGUAUCUUCCAAUUACCCUUUCUCUCCAAGCUUCCAGUGAUAGACGAUUUGUAUUUGGAAUCUCCUUUUGACAAAUACUUGUCUUCAUCUGAUAAUGGUGCAAAAGACCUUGCGAUCCACAUAAGCUACGUGCUGAACUCACCAGUCUUGGCUUCAAUAGGGAGCGCAGUUGGUGAAGACAUGUUACGUGGUCCCAUCGAUCUGAUUGUCAGGAACUUCGUCAUGUUAUUCCGGGAAAAGCUUGCGACCGAUUUUCUGUGUUGGUUGAAUGACGUAUUGAUUCUGAAAGGCGAGGAGAAGGCAUCACAAAGCGAGUUUGACGCCGCCUGUGAAGAACUUCGUUCCAA